AUGGACCUUUCCUAUAGAGACCCGGUUUCAUCCAGGUCAUUCUCAUGCUUAACUACCAUCAUUCUUCUGUUAGGGAGUGUCCUAUCUUUAGUAGAAGCUGGCGGGGACGAGACCGAUCGGCUUGCUUUGCUGGAAUUCAAGGCCCAAAUAGUUGAUCACGGUGGAGUUUUGAGCUCGUGGAAUGAUUCCAGCCACUUCUGCGGGUGGUACGGUGUCACGUGCGGUCGUAGACACCAAAGAGUCACCAUACUAGAUCUCCGGUCCGAGAACCUAGCUGGGGUCGUGGCACCCGAUAUUGGUAACCUGAGCUUUCUGAGAGAAGUAUAUCUGCAAAACAACAGUUUCCACUCCGAAAUUCCCCUGCAAUUUGGCCGCUUGUUUCGGUUGCAGAAGUUGUUCCUUAAUAACAACUCAUUUAGCGGACAAAUCCCUUCGAAUCUCUCCCAUUGCUCUAAUUUGCUCAUUCUUAGCUUAGGUUUCAACACGCUCGAAGGAAAUUUGCCUGCAGAUCUCAGCUCCUUGUCCAAGCUCCAAAUUCUUAUAUUUGAAGUCAACAGCUUGACUGGAGACAUUCCACCAUCUUUUGGAAUCUUAUCCUCCCUUCGAGUCUUCGGAAUAAUGACAAAUAACCUCAGCGGUACCAUUCCAGAGACCCUCGGCCGACUGAGAAAUCUAAGAGCCCUCGGUCUCAGCCAGAAUAAUUUUUUUGGUACGAUUCCUAUCUCAAUCUUCAAUAUAUCUACUGCGAGAAUCCUUUAUGCGGCCCAAAACCAAUUAGAGGGGAGUUUACCUAGAGACUUAGGCUUCACUCUUCCGAAUCUUGAGGCAAUUAGUUUGAGUGGGAACCUCCUCACUGGACCCAUUCCUGAGUCAAUAUCAAACGCCUCUAACAUCGGUGAAUUCGAAAUCCGAUUCAACAACUUUACCGGGAAAGUUCCUUCUUUCUCAAAGAUGAGAGGACUCAAUUGGUUUAGUAUAGGCCAAAACAACUUUGGAGGUGGGCAAUCUGCUGAUUUGGACUUUCUAUGCUCUUUAACCAAUUCCACAAACUUGGAAAGAGUGGCUAUUGGUAGAAAUGCUUUUGGAGGACCAAUACCCGACUGCAUCGGUAACCUCUCUAUUACCCUUUCGGCAUUUUCGCUAAAUGACAAUCAUAUUUCUGGAAUCAUACCUAAUGGAAUCGGAAAUCUCAUCAAUUUGGAGAUGCUGGCAAUGGGGGCCAACAAUAUCUCGGCAAAUAUUCCUUCCGAGGUUGGAAAUCUAAACAAAAUGAAGAGUAUGGAUCUUGGCCGAAAUAGUUUCUCGGGGCAGAUACCUGAAUCUAUGGGGAAUUUAAAGAUGUUAACGAUAUUAUCCUUGCAUGACAAUAAUCUCUGGGGCUCAAUACCAUCGUCUCUAGGAAACUGUCAGAAUCUACUUCUAUUGGACCUUUCAUUCAAUAAGCUCAGUGGUAACAUUCCCUCAGAAAUUUUGGGCCUCUCAUCUUUGUCGAGAUACAUCCAUGGAACGUCUAUAUGUACAGGAUAA